AAAACCCUACUUUAACAAACCUCUUCACUUCUCCCCGCCUCCCUCUUCACUUCUCCCCGCCAUCCCCAACAAAAAACCCUAGCCAAAUUAUCCCCACACAAGCCGCAAAAUGCCGCCAAAGUUCGAUCCCACGCAGGUUGUAGAAGUCUUCGUCCGAGUAACCGGCGGUGAGGUCGGAGCAGCGAGUUCGCUUGCUCCAAAAAUCGGUCCUCUUGGUCUAUCCCCGAAAAAAAUUGGUGAAGACAUCGCUAAAGAGACCGCUAAAGACUGGAAAGGUCUCCGCGUCACCGUCAAGCUCACCGUCCAAAACCGUCAAGCCAAGGUCUCUGUUGUACCAUCCGCGGCGGCUCUGGUGAUCAAAGCCCUAAAAGAGCCCGAACGUGACCGUAAAAAGACGAAGAACAUCAAGCAUUCUGGGAACAUUUCGUUGGAUGACGUUAUUGAGAUCGCCAAAGUCAUGCGGCCGAGGUCAAUGGCGAAGGAUUUGGCUGGGACUGUGAAGGAGAUAUUGGGGACCUGUGUUUCUGUUGGUUGCACUGUGGAUGGAAAGGAUCCUAAGGAUUUGCAACAGGAGAUUGCUGAUGGAGAUGUGGAGAUUCCAGAGAAUUGAAAAUUCGCUUCUACUGAAUUUUGGGAAGGAGGAAGUUAAAUUGGAAAGUUAAGUGCUUAAAUUUCAUUUUUAAAUACUUCUGUAGUAUUUCAAUCAUUAAGGGUGUUUGUGACCACGAUUUGGUGGAAUUCGGAUGGAUUAUUUUUGGGGUGGAAUGUGAGAGUAUUGGAAUCAUUGGGGGCAUUAAAUGAGAAUAUUUAUUGUAGCUUCCAUUAUUGUUAUUUUCUUUUUGUUGCUUAAUUUAGUUGCUAAUUUGAUCUCAACUUAUGAUGUUAUGUUGCUUUUUUAUGUUAAUUAUCUAUCUGGCAAUUGCUAGU